AUGCCAGCGUCAGCCGUCAUUCUAUCGUCCCGAAGGGCAAUUUUGCUGGUCUCAUUAGAUCGCCACGAGAAGUUCCUUCUUGAUUUUCUCCCGGAACGAGACGCUAUCGAGGUCGAAACGCGCAUAACAAAGUUCGACCAGCUGUCCAUUGACUUGGAGAAAAUCCAAGGUCAGCUAGAGGAUUUGGCAAUCACUGAAGAAGAAAUUGCGCACAAUGCCGCUUUACGCGAUGAUUUUGAGCCGCGCUUGAUACGCGCACAUUCCCAGCUAAAGGCUAAAAGGGUGCAUGUUCCUCGAAGCAUUAGUUCCAUACCAAACGCUGGCCCGAGCCCCCUAGUAGGCAUUAAACUUCCCACCAUCGCGCUUCCCGAAUACGAUGGUGAUUACAUGCAGUGGCUAACGUAUAGGGACACUUUUGAGGGCUUAAUACAUGAUAACCACGAGCUACCGCCGAUCCAAAAGUUCCACUAUUUGCGCGCAUCCUUAAAGGGAGAAGCCGCUAAGGUUAUUGAAUCCAUCACCAUCAGUGCCGCAAACUAUGAAAUAGCAUGGAAAAUACUGACGGAGCGUUACUCUAACGAGUACCUGUUAAAAAAGCGUCAUUUGCAAGCCUUAUUCGGAAUGGCCACCAUGAAACGGGAAAGUGCCUCAACCCUUCACCAUCUUGUCGAUGAGUUCGAGCGGCACAAGAAAACGCUAAACCAUUUGGUGCGAGCACUAUUGGAUAGUGCCUCGCAGCCUGAUUUGAUGAGCACCAGGCUUGCUCAGAGGUUAGCGUUGAAACUUGAUACGGUCAACGUAACGCUCAUCGGUGCGGGUCACUCUUCCACCCCGGUGCGGAAAUCGGUGUGUGCGAAGAUUUCCUCUCGAACGGGCCAAUAUCAGCUGAAUGCUGAUUUCUUGAUUGUGGACAAUUUGAUUGGGGAUUUGCCAGCACAUGAUGUGCGCACCGCCGAGUGGCAAAUUCCGCCGAAUUUUAUGCUUGCCGACCCCCAGUUUAAUAAGUCGGCACCGCUCGAUCUUAUCCUCGGUGCCCGGCAUUAUCAUGCAUUUUUCCAGAGCGGGGCGCAAUAUAAAAUUUCGUAUAACCUUCCUGUCCUCAUUGAAAGUGUGUUCGGCUGGAUCGUGACCGGCUCAGCAUCAGCAUGUAAUAACAACACCGAAACUUCCAACGCAUCUUCCGUCGUCUGCAUGAGCACGCUUGAAGAAUCACUCGAGCGAUUCUGGAAAGUGGAAGAAUUACAAAUAAGAGAUGGUUACUCCCCCGAAGAAAGGUAUUGCGAAAAAUUAUACCAAGAUACAACACAACGAGACGAUACUGGUCGUUUUAUUGUUCGUUUACCAAAGCAGCCUGACUUUGAAGAAAAGCUGGGUUUUUCAAAAUCAUCAGCUCUACGACGUUUUACAAUGCUCGAAAGGCGCCUAGAACGCGAUCCUCAUGUUAAAGCGGCAUACCAUGAAUUCAUGCAUGAAUAUUUAGAGCUAGGGCACAUGUCGCUGAUACAAGCUCCAGCUGACGACGAAUCAGCAUAUUAUCUGCCGCACCAUCCCGUAUUCAAGGCUUCGAGCACAACAACAAAAACCAGGGUGGUGUUUGAUGGAUCAGCGAAAACAUCAUCGGGAUACUCGCUCAACGAAGCGCUAUGUGUCGGCCCUGCAGUGCAGGAUGAUUUGUUGGAUAUCAUCCUACGAUUCCGCACGUAUAAGGUGGCGGUUGUUGGAGACAUUGCUAAAAUGUACCGCCAAAUACUACUGCAUCCAGACGAUAGGAAGUAUGCCCGCAUUUGUUUCCGGUUUGAUGCGCGUUCACCGAUCCAGUAUUACGAGCUGAACACCGUAACCUAUGGGUUGUCCCCAUCAUCCUUCCUUGCAACUCGAACCUUGCAGCAGCUUGCAAACGAUGAGGGAACCACAUAUCCUUUUGCCGCAUCCGCUCUGAAGAGCAAUUUCUACGUGGACGACUUCAUAGGCGGUGCGGAUUCGAUCGAAAGCGCUCGGCGUCUACGAGUAGAGUUAGAUGAAUUACUUUCAAGGGGUGGUUUUGAAUUACGGAAGUGGACUUCAAACAGAUUAGAGGUGCUUACCGGUCUAACUGCGGAUCAGAUCGGCACACAGUCAGCGCUACAGUUUAUACCCGACGAAACGGUAAAGACUCUUGGAGUUUCGUGGGAGCCAGAACAUGAUGUUCUAUCAUUCGAGUCCGCAAUCGACACCGACACAGCAAGUCCUACUAAAAGAAGCAUCCUCUCUAACAUAGCCCGCAUGUUCGAUCCGCUUGGCCUGAUUUCUCCCAUAGUCGUACGAGCCAAAAUCUUGAUGCAGGAGUUGUGGUUGCAGAAAGCUGGUUGGGACGAUCUUGUUCCUGAUUCUAUCUGCAAGAAAUGGAAAAAUAUUCAGCAAGAUUGGCCACUCAUAUCCGGUUUUAAGAUCGAUCGCUAUGCGCUGUUACCUGGUAGUAAAUUGCAGUUACACACCUUCUGUGACGCAUCUGAAGCAGCUUACGGGGCCUGCAUUUAUGUUCGUUGCGAAAGUGAGCAAGGGGAAGUUCGCACCACUUUACUUUCAUCCAAGUCGCGAGUGGCACCACUUAAGCGUGUCACACUACCUCGACUGGAACUGUGUGCUGCAGUAUUAGGCGCUCAUCUUUACGAUCGAGUCAAGAAGGCGAUGGGACUACACGCAGCAGAAGUAUUCUUUUGGUCCGAUUCUACCGUCACGUUAAAGUGGAUCAGCGCCUCACCCAACACGUGGGCAACGUUCGUAGGCAACCGAGUAUCGGAGGUGCAGCAUUAUACUCAUCCUCGUCAGUGGAGGCAUGUUCCCGGCUCAACUAACCCUGCCGAUCUCGUCUCGCGCGGCAUGUCAGCAGCAGAUUUCCUGCAGAGCAAGCUGUGGAGUUGCGGUCCGGAAUGGCUAGCACUACCCGCAUCCAACUGGCCCAACUGUAAUCCUGAACCAGCUGAAGAUACGAAUCUCGAAAUUCGUCAGGUGAGUGCUGCCUAUGCAAACACCAUCACUAACCCUUGGUUUACGUUGUGUUCCAGCUACACGCGAUUGUUGCGCAUCGUUGCAUACUGCAUUCGCUUCACACGUAACACUAAGGAGAAGGCACGCACUCAACGAACACCAACACACUUCGCAUCACCUUUAGUCAUCACUCCCGAAAACAUGGAAGCUGCUAAAACUGUGCUAUGUCGUUUAGCACAGCAAGAUGCAUUUUCAGCGGAGCUACGGCAACUGGCAAAAGGUGAAGCAAUAGGAAGACAAUCACCACUACGGCGACUCAACCCAUUCCUCGAUGAGCAAGGAAUAAUACGAGUAGGAGGACGAUUGAAGCUUUCGCAGCUUCCCUACCAAUCCCAGCAUCCCAUAGUACUUCCUAAGAAGCACAAAUUCGCACAUCUAAUUGCAACCUACUAUCACGAGCAACUUAUGCAUGGCGGCGGAAGAUUAUUGCUGUCGCAAAUAAGGGAAGCAUAUUGGCCACUAGACGGAAGGUGCUUGGUGAAAAAAAUCGUGCGAAACUGUUUCCGUUGCAUACGUCACAAUCCUACACUCGAGCAACAACAAAUCGGCCAACUUCCACCACCUCGGGUCAUUCCCAGCCGGCCGUUCUCCGUAACCGGAGUGGAUUACGCUGGCCCAUUCUAUCUGAAACCAGCACAUCGUCGAGCUGCCGCUGUUAAAAGCUACUUGUGCGUAUUUGUAUGCUUCGCAACGAAAGCGGUCCACUUAGAGCUGGUGGGAGACCUCACCACAGCUGGUUUUCUGGCGGCGUUACAUCGAUUUGCAUCCCGGCGCGGUUUACCGGCGCACAUACACUCAGACAACGGAAAGAAUUUCGAAGGCGCUGCGCACGAGCUCAGCGAACUAGUCAACAUGCUGAACGACGAACAGCAGCAGCACAUCAUUGCCACCAAUUGUGCCAACAAAGGUAUCACUUGGCAUUUCACUCCACCCAAAGCUCCACACUUUGGUGGAUUAUGGGAGGCAGCGGUGAAAACAGCCAAACGACACCUCUAUCGUCAUCUAGGCAGCUCGAGGCUGUCAUACGAAGGAUAUUGCACUAUCCUUCAACAAAUCGAAGCGGCAAUGAACUCCCGACCCUUGCUACCUAUGUCCGACGACCCGAAUGAUCUGGCAGCACUUACCCCAGCGCAUUUCCUCAUCGGUACGUCCAUGCACGCAGUUCCUGUUCCUGACUAUACCAAAUUGAAGGCGUACACUCUCGAUGAACUGCAAAGGUGGCAGCUAAUCGUUCAGCGAUUCUGGAAGCAUUGGGCUACGGAGUAUCUGCAGGAAAUGCAGAAAGACAACAUGAGACAUCACCGAACCAACGAUAUACUCCCCGGCCGAUUGGUUAUACUACUGGAUGAAUCCUUACCAACAACCCGAUGGCCCCUAGCACGCAUCGUUGCAAUUCAUCCUGGAGAGGACCAGCUCACACGUGUGGUAAAACUACAAACGGUAAAAGGGAUCAUCACUCGUCCGAUCAACAAAAUCUGUUUACUGCCGUUAGCGGACGGUGAAACCACAUGCUAG